UCCGCGCUUUCCGGGGUCAAGCGUCCCUACCCGGGGCGGCCGGCAGCUUGGGCCCGCCCGCUUGGAAAAUCAGGAGGAUGGACAGCGGGGCAAGCGUCGAGCUCGAAGCCGCCUUUAGCACGUCCCGCCGCCACGCGUGGCCUCUCUUCGCAGGCUGCAGGCUCGGGGCGGAGGUGUCUGCGGGGCGGCUGGGCAGCCGGCGCUGAGAAAGCUCCGCAGGCGUCCAUCCCCGGGCUGGGAAGAGGGUCCUGCUUAGCCUCCGUCUUUCACGGAGAAUGCAGAGGGCAAGGCCAUGGAAAAGAAACCGCACUUUGUUAGGAGAGAGUUUCUUCCCAGAGAGGUGUCGUCCAUCUCGCUGGCGUUACUCCUUGUGGCCGUCCUGCUCCUUAAUGUCCUUCUUUACCUCUACCUCAACAAGUUUUACAACUCUUUGGGACACACCGAAACGGACCCCAGCCUCUGCCCUUUUGGGCACUUCAGACUGGGAUCAGUGAAAAAUUGUUCCCCGUGGCUUUCCUGCGAGGCUAUAAAUAGGGAAGUCAGGAAACUCAAAUGUGUUGGUGAAGGUGCUGUGAAAAAGGUCUUUCUUUCUGAGUGGAAGGAAAACAAAGUGGUCCUUUCGCAGCUCACCAACUCAGAGCUGAAGGAGGACUUUCUCCAUGGACUGAAGAUGCUGAAAGCACUGCAGAGCAAGCACGUUGUCCGGCUGCUUGGCUACUGUGAGCAGCAGUUUACAAUCCUCACUGAGUACCAUCCUCUUGGCUCCCUGAGGGGUCUGAAUGAAACUCUACACAUUCCCAAAUACAAGAGCAUGAACACCUGGCAUCACAGGUUGAUGCUUGCUAUAGACUAUGUGAGUGUCAUUCGUUACCUGCACAGCAGCCCUCUGGGCACCUUAGUGAUGUGCGACUCGAAUGACCUGGACAAGGUCCUCUCUCAGUAUCUUCUGACAAGUGACUUUCAUAUCCUAGUGAAUGAUUUGGAUGCUUUGCCUCUUGUGAACAGGAGUGCUGGCAGACUGGUGAAGUGCGGUCAUCGGGAGCUCCAGGGUGAGUUUGUAGCUCCUGAGCAGCGUUGGCCCUAUGGAGAAGAUGUGCCAUUCAAAGAUGACCUCAUGCCUCCCUAUGAUGAGAAAACAGACAUCUGGAAAAUCCCAGAUGUCUCCAACUUUUUGUUGGGCCAUGUUGAAGGAAGUGACAUUGUACGACUGCAUUUGUUUGACAUCCAUGCAGCAUGUAAGAAGAAGGACCCGGUGGAACGACCUUCUGCCCGAGAGGUCUUAGACACCUAUAGGAAAGUUUUAACUCUGCUUAUUCGGGAGGCAGCCAUGCCUGGUACUAGGGAAAUGCUAUAGUGAAUCAUGCAAACAACAUACUGAAGUUGAUGUCCUUCCUAUUUAUGUAGCUUACCUGAAGGGCAAAGCUUCUGUCCCCAGAACUGAGAAGAAAAGAACAACUGAACCUGUACCUUUUGAUUAAAAAAAAAAAAAUCUACCCAAUCCUAGAACUAUGCAAGCUUCCCAUUGGUAUGUUUAAUCUAUUAUUGGAAGAGGAGGAGAGAGAGAAAUGAAAUUGUGUGGGUGCAGGGGAAAUUUGUUCCUUAAGAAAUAAUAAGUACUCUUUUGCAACAUUUACACAAAAAAUAUCUUGAAAAUUACAGAAAAAUAACAAAAAAAAAAAUUAGUCCACCUCAACUGGUUGGCAGAGGAUGGGGGAGCAGAGACCAUGGCAUGCCCCCCACAAGCUUUGUGCUAAUUCCUGUGGCUUUGGCUUGUUUGUAUCCACAAAGCUCUCAUCCACUUUCCCAUGGAGUAAAAACAGUGGUCACUCAGAAAGGAGUAUCCCGGUUCACUUCAGAUUUUGGUAAGCCCCAGUGCCAGAGCCCCAAUGGCAGUCUCUCCAUGCUGGAUGGGGAAUAGGUUGGUUUUGGAGCCAUAUGGCCAUUGCUCUGUGGUCCCUGUAUCCCACACCAGCAAGCAUGUGGCUACUUUUGUAAGCAAGCAGAUGAUGCAGAUCCUGAAGAGUCUACUUACAGACAUAUGCUCUUGGUUUUCAAGCCUUUGUCCCAUGGUAUUCUCAGAUGGGCUCUUUAGAGACAAAGUUGUAAAACAGGAGUCUCUUGCUCUUUUUUAAUCCACAGAAGUCCUGAACACUUUGGAAGAGAGCUGAAGCGUAUCUUUUUUUCAUUCACUUAUCCUUGCUGAGUGUCAUCGUGACUCAAUGGAAGGGAGGAGAACAAGGAACUGAAAGAGAAUGUGACUUCCUUCCAUAGAAUUGAGCAUUAAACACAAGGUUUGGAAAAGAGAAGCCCUGUAUUUGGGCAUACAACUCUAUUUGGUGUGAAUUCAAAGCGCACUGAGCAUAAAAAAAGACUGCUAAAAAGCAGCCUUGUUCGGUGUGUUAGGAAAAGGCUUGUGGUACCUACAUGGGUGUUACAGCCUGGUACCAACAGCUGGAGAGGAAAAAUAAUGAUGCCUUAAUCCAGCAGUAGGCUCGGUUUGAUGGGACUGGGAUCUGGGAUGCAAUUGUCCUCUUGGUGAAAAAACAGGAAUAGUGUGAUUCAGAAAUGUGGACUCUACCUUUGCACACAUGAGGAAUUCCUGUGCUGUGGACAAGGUCUUCUAAGGAUCUAAGGGCCUGAGACCACUUGUGUGUUUUGACUUGUAAGCAGAGAAGUACAUGGUCCAUGCUGCUGAAGACUUUGGUUCUAUUCUUUUCUACGUUGCUAUUUCUCUUCACCUAAACAAGCUGCGUUAUGACUGCACUGAGAACAUGCAGUCAGUUCGUAUAUAUAAUGUUCAAAUCCUGGUACCAAAAUUUUAUUAUAAAUGGGAAAACUUUCCUGCAAAUUAGUAAAUUUGUACCUGAUAUCAUACAAUGCCAUCGGGAGACCUUUAAAGGCUGCUGAUUAUGGCUUCCUCUCUGGACAGUCUGUUUCCUUAAAUUAGCUGACUUUUGCCCUUUUUCACUUGUGCAGUCUUUCCUUGCAGCUUUCCUGCUCAGGUUGUCAGGAGGCAAAUCUCAGAAGACAGCGUCUCCAAAAGAGAGUAGUGAUUUUGGAUGCUUCGGGUUUGUUUUGAACUUUGACUCAAAACACCUAAAAGAAGCCUGGGGAAGAAGAAUGCUCUAUUUGUUGUAAAUGCAUCAUCCAGCCCAUGAACUCUUGAGUUGUAGCUAUUAAGGCUAGAGUUCUACAGUUCCAGCAUGAAUCCAGGAUGUGCAACAGCUGGAAGAGUGUCCUGUUACAGCUCCUCAAAGCCAGGGACCAAGCUUUGAAGGGCCAAGAGUCAAAUCUUUUGCAUGUUCCACCCACAAUAACUUGUUACCUUUUGUUAGCUGUCAUGUACACUUGAAAGGAAAAUCAGCAUCUGAUGACUGUGAAUAAACAUCCCAUUUGUUUGUUUAUGAGAGUAGCAAGGACAGAGAAGAAGAACCUGCCAAGCUUCUUAUGCUGCUCUCUCUCAGUUAAGACAAACUUUUGUCAGGAUUCUUUAUCUGUUGUGUACUGUUGCACCUUGCAAACAGCCAUAUUAGUUUCACAGAGUGAAAAAAGUGAGGACAGAUUCUGCUGCUGAAUAAUCAUCUUGCAGUGGAGAUGACUCUCUCUGUUCCUGGAUGAAGUAAUUACAAAUGUUUUAAGAAAACAUGUCUCCCUAAAUAUUCCCCCUGAGGAGUGGGUUCUCCACAUGUCUCUUACCCAUUCCCUCUCCUGUGUGUUGUCCAGCAUUGUAUUUCAUCAGGAAUAAAUUACAUUUGUUCUGAAUAC